CCAGUCUGCAGUCAGCAUCACCAACGACGGCCGUUCAGCAAACACCGCCAAAAUGAAGCUGAACAUUUCGCACCCUGCGAAUGGCUCGCAGAAGCUGAUCGAGGUGGAUGAUGAGCGGAAGCUCAGGCACUUCUUCGAGAAGCGCAUGGGCGCCGAGGUCCCUGGCGACCCGCUCGGCGACGAGUGGAAGGGCUACAUCCUCCGCAUCACCGGUGGCAACGACAAGCAAGGUUUCCCGAUGAAGCAGGGUGUCAUUGCGCCGAACCGUGUCCGCCUCCUCCUCUCCGAGGGCCACUCCUGCUACCGCCCCCGCCGUACCGGUGAGCGCAAGCGCAAGUCGGUCCGCGGCUGCAUCGUCGGCCCCGAUCUCUCCGUCCUCGCUCUCUCGAUCGUCAAGCAGGGCGAGCAGGACAUUCCCGGCCUCACCGAUACUGUCCACCCCAAGCGCCUCGGCCCCAAGCGUGCCACCAAGAUCCGGCGGUUCUUCGGCCUCAGCAAGGAUGACGAUGUCCGCAAGUACGUCAUUCGGCGUGAGGUCCAGCCCAAGGGCGAGGGCAAGAAGCCUUACACCAAGGCUCCUCGCAUCCAGCGCCUGGUCACUCCUCAGCGCCUCCAGCACAAGCGCCACCGCAUUGCGCUGAAGCGCCGCCAGGCUGAGAAGGUCAAGGACGAGGCGAACGAGUAUGCUCAGAUCCUGGCCAAGCGUGUUGCUGAGGCCAAGGCUCAGAAGGCCGAUCUCCGCAAGCGGAGAGCCAGCUCGAUGCGCAAGUAAAAUUGGGGCGUUUGGAUUGGGUCUCGGGUUGCUUUCGGAAAUGGUCAUGGCGUGCUUGCUUGCUUGCCGGCUCAUACGGGACGUGUACAUGGCAUAGGAACCCUUCACGGAAUCUCGAGAAUGAGUCUUUGCAUUGAGCAUGCCAGGCGGCUGAUCAGAGCGGCUCGGAGAACUGCCUACGCAACACCCCAAUCAGAAUAACCACUCGCCGCCGCGGUGAUCUGUGAUCAGAGUGCUUUCACCGGCCGCCAGCGUCAUUCUGAUUGUCAAUCUGCCGGACAGUGAUUGCCUCAGGUUGGCAUGUACCCGAUGUUGACGCUGUUGCUGUUGUUUGAUACCUAAGGUAUCUCAGCUACGAAUACACGCCUUACAGCCUUA